AUGAUGUCGUCGGUGCCGGUGCCGGAGACGUUCGCCCUGGACCAGCACCUCGCGCCGCAGCAGCCGGCGGAGCAGGAGCAGCUCUGCUACGUGCACUGCAAGUGCUGCGACACCAUCCUCGCGGUGGGCGUGCCGUGCAGCAGCCUGUUUAAGACGGUCACCGUGCGCUGCGGCCACUGCGCCAACCUGCUCUCCGUCAACCUCCGCGGCCUCCUGUUGCCGACGGCGGCGGCCGCCAACAACCAGCUCCCCUUCGGCGGCGGCGGCGGCCAGCAGCAGGCUCUCCUCUCCCCAACCUCCCCGCACGGCCUGCUUGACGAGAUGACGAUGCCGCUCCAAGCGCCGAGCCUGCCGAGUGCUGAACCGGCGAGCGCCUGCAUGAGCACCCUCACCAGCAUGAACAACAGCUGCGGCGGCGGCAACAACGCGUCGUCGGUCAUGUCCAUGGCGGCGCCGCCGCCGCCGCCGGUGAAACCUGCACCGCAGGAGCCGCAGCAGCUGCCCAAGAGCGUGGCGUCGGGUAACAAACCUGCAGAGAAGCGGCAGAGAGUUCCUUCCGCGUACAACCGAUUCAUCAAAGAUGAGAUCCAGCGCAUCAAGGCCAGCAAUCCGGACAUCACCCACAGGGAGGCUUUCAGCGCAGCUGCCAAGAAUUGGGCCCAUUUCCCACACAUCCAUUUCGGUCUCAUGCCGGAUCAGGGCAUGAAGAAGACCUCUAUCCAAAGUCAGGAGGGAGGUGAAUGCAUGCUUUUCAAGGAUGGUCUCUACGUCACCGCCGCCGCUGCCGCUGCAGCUGCAGCAGCAUCUACCAUGGGCAUUGCUCCGUUUUGACCUUCACCGGCUGGAAAUGAUCUACC